AUGCCCUUCAGGAGAGACGUCUGUCAGCCUCGCCCGCCGGGGUCGAUCUGGGCCGCGUUCGAGGCCCGCGGGCGAGCCGUCUCCCCGCUGAUCGUCUGCCCGACCAAUGGGGUUGACGGGUUGACAUCGCUGCUGACCAAGCACCGGCAGGCGCGCCGGACCACGCGUGCCGCCCUCUUGGAACGGCACAUCGGCCUGCCACCACCCUACCAGCCAGUCUGCCUGCCCGGUGAGGAGGCGCCCACCCGGUCGGAUCCCUCAUCCACGCGGCCCGACUCGUCCUCACCGUCCCCCUCAUCUCCGCCGCCGCCGCCGCCGCCGCCGCCGCCGCCGCCGCCACCAUCACCCCCCGCCCCGGGGGCGCAUGUGCCACCGAAGCGUCGGACAAAGCCCCCGAAGACGGACCCGGUGGCGGCGGCUGCUGCCGCACGCGCCCAGCAGGCCCUUGCACAGCUCCUCCGCCGGGCCAAUGAUCUGGUCACCGCGGCGAACACCCUCCAGCGCGCCGAGCACCUUGCCGGGACAUCGGUCGACCGGCCAAACUACUCUUCGAAAUCCUGCGGGGCGCGGAUUGUGUGGAAGUCGCACGCGCAGAUCCAGCACGCAUCGGCCGUGCUGGAGGACGAUCCGGAGCGCUACCUCAUCGCCCCGUGCACCGGGGACCCGGAGGAGGCUGCCCCGGCCGAGGGGCCCCUGCGGCGGCUGGCACGUCUCCUGGGCCUGCCGCGACUGGACCAGCCCCCGGCCAAGCGCCUCCCCCCGCCGGGCAUCGUCAUCGAGCUGUGCGAUGAGGUCCUGCUGGACACGCUGGUUUUCGGGAAUCUGGAAUUCUUCUCCUCCGUGGCCCAGUUCGUGCGGGUUGAGGCACGCCGCGAGCGGGCCGGGCCCAUUUUGCCGAAGGCUCCCGCUGCGCAGCCCGGCUCGGGGCUCGUGUCGCCGCUGGCCGGCGGGUCCGGCGGCGGCACCGCAGCCGGGACCCCGGGCUCCGACUCCGAUGGCUGGCACACCAUUGGUCUCUUUGAGACGGCCAAUGUUCGCCACUUGCAGAUCAUUCCCCUGGUGGCGGGGGAUGCCCCGGUCCAGGACCCGGUCCCGGGGGACGGGGCGCGCCUGGCCCACCUGGAGCCGCCCCCGCCGACCGGCGUCUGGGCUCGGUACUUGCGUCUCACCUUCGAAGGGUACCACCGGACCUCCUCCCGGCGGCAUCCCCUGUGCCCGGUGACCCUGAUCAAGGUCCACGGGCUGACCGCCUCCGAGGAUUACUACCGCAUGCAGCGGGUGAAUGCCGCCCGGCGCCGGUCCAGCCAAGCAACCGCGGCCUUUCAGCGGGCCCUGGGCAGCCAGGACAUCCGCGCGCUGCCAUGGCAAGUCGAGGGCACGGCGCCCGGCGGGGCGGAGAUCCUGCCUCCCGGCCGGGCAGGCGCCGAGGCCGCCGCCUCGCCGCGCCGGUCUCCCCUCCGGUCCUUCUUCCAGGCGCAGCAUGUGUGUCUCCCGGAGGAAGAGCCCGAGGGGGCCCCCGGGUGGCAUGUGCGCAUGGCGCCCGUCGGGCGCAGUGCCAGUGCGGUGGCCCUCUUCGGCCGGAUCCUCCGAGCAUUGGUCCUCUUUGUCCGGCAGUGCUGGGUGUCCUUGCGCGAGGCCAUCACCCUGGCGACGGCCAUCACCACACAGGCGCACCCGUCGGCCACGCAUUCGACGCUGCUGCGCCAUGGGGCGCAUGCCCCGGGGCCUCAUGCCGCCGGGGGGCCGCUUUUGACCCGGGGGCCGGCCGCUCGCACGUCGCCCGGGCCGCGCACGCGCCCCGAGCCGUCCGGUGACACGCCUCCGGAGGAUGAGGCCGAUGCUCAUGCGCUGGCCCCCCUGGCCCGCUGGGAGCAGCUCCACUCGCCGGCCGACCGGGCCUUCCUCUGGCCGGAUGACGCGCAAUCAUACUACGACUAUGAUGACGACCCGUCGCCCUUCCAGCACCAUCCGCACCAUCUCCAUCAUCCGCAUCAUCAUCCGCAUCACCAGCACCAGCACGCGCCCGGCCCAUAUGUCUCCCACCAUGGCCACCAGCAGCUGCACUUCCAUCAUACCUACCCCCCGUACGGCCACCAUUCGGCCCAUCAGUCGCAGCAGCAGCAGCCGCCGGCGGCGGCGGCGGCGGCCUCGCACUCGCCCGACGUCGCCGCCGACGACCCGGUCUUUGAUGGGUAUCCGUUUUCCGGCGAUGAGGAUGCUGGCUCCCUGCCUGGGGCGGCGAUGCCCGAUGCCGCCGGCGUUCGGGACCUGCUGGCCGAGCUGGAUCUGCUGGCCGAGCUGGACCUCGCGGUCGCGGAGGACCUUCUCCCGGCCGAGGCAGCCCCGACCCAGGGGCCCGGGGGGUCGGUGCACCGCGACCUGUCGGACCGACUGGACCGCCUGCGCGGGCACCUGGCAAAGUCCAUCCUGACCAUGGAGCUGGCCCUCGGCGGUGUCCACCAACGGCAAGACCUGGCCGCGCGGGAGACGGCCGCCCUGGCCGAGUCCCUCGGUGCCCAGCUGGAGCAUCUUGCCCGGCAGCAGACGGCCCUCCGGUUGAUCUUCGACACGAAGACCGCCUCGGUGGCCCUCGGCCUGGAGCGAGAUCUCACCCGGGCCAUUGGCCGGGCCUUGGGCCAGGCGCGCUACUGGGUCCUGGCAUCGGCGCUGGUGUCGUCCGUGGCCACGGCCUUUCUCUUUGGCAUGGGGGUGCUGUGCGUCGUGGCGGGCCGGCGCCUGGCCGGGCUGGCCCAGGAGCGCGUGUCCCGGCGGGCCGGGGGCUCCACCGUGGGCACCGGCGCCGGGGCUGCCGCGGCCAUUCGCCCGGCGCCGCUGGUGGUCCCUGGUGGGCCGCCGUCGCCCUUGACGCCUCCCGCCUCGCCGGCGUCCACCUCGCCGCCCUCGCCCUACUGGGCCUCGCCGCGGGCCCGACUCACGACCAUUCACACGCCAAGCCGGCGGGGGAUAUCGUCGUCUGGCCCUUGGCCGAUGUUGGCCCCUGCCGCCGCCGCCGCCGCCGCCGCCACAACGGCCAUGGCUCUCGCCAGCGAGUCUGAUGAUUCGGAUUCCGCGUCAUUCCCCUCCCUUAGAUCGGUGGUGACCACCGAGCUGUCACGCGUGCGCCCCGACAAGGCGCCCAGUUUGGCGCCCAGCCCGGCAUCCGGCCUCCGCGCAAGCCCGUCCCCUGACUCGACGGCCGAUUUGGGGCUCGCAUACUACGCCUCCCCCGCAUCCGAUGCCACCAUCCUGUCCUUGUCCGACAUGCGCCGGAAUUCCGUGUAGCGUGGUCGGUUGCUGGGUGUUCCCCUCCCUGUCCCUCCCUCUUGCCCUCUCGUCCCCGGCGUUUUCCCUUUUUUUUUCUUUUCUUUUUUGCCGGCCCCGGCCGAGACCCCUCCCCCCAAUGCCGCCGCCGUGGACACCCGAUAUGGGGGGAUGGUAUGCGCGUGCCAUCCCCGCAUGCUAUCGCCCCUUGUUUCGGUUGGUGUCCCCGGGGCGGGCGCUCCUUCUCCCCUGUAAUAUAAGUGCAUAGGUAAACACCG